AUGCAACCAUUCUUUCCACAUGGUAGGCUGCUCCUGGUCAGACCAGUCUGCGCACUGCUAACCGCAAUCCAGCACUGCAUCUUCUCGUGGUUGAAGCAAGAGAGCUCCCUGGAAAAGUGCCCCAUGUGUCGUCAGCGUAAGCCGGAACCACCUCCAAUACCUCGCGCAACCCCAUCGCCACGGUCCAAGCCCCUUGAUCUCCCGGAAUAUCCUCCAGGCGACGAGCCUAACGAGCAACAGGAGCCUUACGAUGCGCCCGAGGAGGAAGACGACAUACCCUAUCCCGAGCCCAGUGCAGAGCAACCGCUGCUACCACCGCCAAACUUCCGACCCUUCUUUGCCUUGAUCGAGGACACGACUUCGGGCGAGCACUACCAUCCCUACGUUCACUAUGUCUUCGCCGACGACGAUCCCACCAUUGUCACUGCAGCCUCGAUGCGAGGCUUAGGGCUAGACGACACAAAAUAUCUGCCACAAGAUGCGCCAGCCGGUGGAGAGCGGCGCCAGAAUCAGGGGGGCGAAGAAGGGGAAGAGGAAGAUGACCAAGACCUGCCAGUCGAGUCACCGUUUCCGCCGCCUAUACCAGGCGUCAAGGAACACUACCUUAUUGUCGACGUAGGGGCAGACGGACGUACAAUUGUGGAUGCGCAGUCGCUUUCGCCCGAGUGGCAAAUAACGGACACGGGCGUGCGGACAGCUCCUUCGUUCGACGAGGACUCGCCGGAUCCAGGCUACAUGCUACGAAUCGAAGGCGUCGAGAUACCGCGAAAGAACAAAGGGAAAGGAAAGGGUGAGGCUGGUGUGGACAAGCUGAACGAGGCGAGAGAACAACAGGGUGAUAUUUUCGGGGCCUUGGAAGGGUUGGUGCAAAACAUCGAACGAGGGCUAGGCAUCGCAGGACAAAUCUCUGGUGUGGACCGAAGAGAAAGCAAGGCAGGCAUACCCGCUGAUGUUUGCGAAGAGGAUGCGGAGAAGAUGGCGGACCACGAGCAAUGAUUUCAAUCCUGGGUCAAGAGGCAUUUCAUAACAAAAUGCUGGGCAAAAGUACGCAGUCUAGUCUGCUGUGGACAGGUCACGACUGUGUAAUCUGAAGAUUAACAACGUCCUACAUGACGAAGCCAUGAUUCCAUCAUUGUUCAUCUGUCAUGGUAAGCUGUUGAUGGGAUUCAAUUUCCGUUCAUAUUUUUAUUUAGGGGGAUAUAUAUGGACUUUACAUAUUCCUUCACACUUAGUAGGUAAUGCUUCGGCAGUUCUUAC